AUGGACCCCCGCCCCGUGACGGCGGAGCCGUCCAACAAACGGCCCCGGUCUCCUGGGGCUGAUCACCCGCAGCCUCACCAGUCGAAAGUGCCCAAGACCCAUUCGAAUCACCUGCAAAUCAACUAUCUCGCGCGCCAGUACCCGGAUAACCUGCCCCUGGUCGCACCGGAUGAUACCCUGCCCGCGAUCAUCCACUUAAUUGGUGAAUACGAUGGAGUGCUGCAUCGCCAUGAGAGUAUCGCCGGGAACCUGGGCGCAUGCCCCCUGGGACCGAUUCUGAUCAAGCGCUUUGAGCGUUUGUUUGACGGGCCCCCGCGUGUGCUCAAGUCGCAUGGCAAGGAUGGGCCGACGGUCACUUGGUUGGAUGUGGUCGAGUUUGCCAAGAGCAAGCCCGAGCAGUUUAAUCUGGAGAAGUCGCGCAAUGGCGUGCGCGUUUGCCAAUUCUAUACGAAGCAGUGUCGCGUGGAGAUCAGCGAGGAGGACUUUGUGCUCAUUGCUUCGGGCAUGCCGCAGAAGAUGAUCCCUCCGCAACCGAUCAUUGAAGAUGAGGAGAAGGAGCUAGGUGCGCUGGAGAUUUUGGAGAAGAAUCUGCAGCAAAUUAUUCAGAUGGCAGACCAAGUGUCUGCUCGAGCCCGCCAGCUCAGCUACCGUCUGAAGAACCGCCGCACCGCAAUCGUCAGCCGUCGCGAAAACGAUGCCUCUCUCACGGCGCAACCCCGCGUUGCUGCGGCUGCUGCCGAAGUCUGGCGUGAUAUGAAUGGCCACGGCCGCGCGAAUGGGCCAUCGAAUGUCACUCCAUCGGGGUUUGUUGCGGUCAAUGCGACCCGACCUGAGGGCGAGUCCGACGAGAACGCGCUUUCGUCCCCGUUCAUGUUCUCCCACUCCAAUGCGGACAAUAUCACCAUUAUCAACGGCACCUCUAUCAAGGGCGCAUCACCCACGACUCGGGCGGACUUGAUGAAGAAGUUCUUCACCACAGCGGACCGCCAAGCUCGCGGCUAUGAUGAGACCACUGGUGCGACAAAUCCGAUUCAGCCUCGGCCUGGGCCUCAAAGCUCCGAUCCAGCCGAGUACAGCAUCUAUAAUAAUAAUAACACCAGCACCAGCACCAACACCAACACCAACAACAACUCGACACCUGUGGCUAUCCCUGGAACCCCGUCCUCGCUGCUUCCGCCGCCGAGAACAACCCCGCAGGAGAAGGAUGAUGGCGGUCCAUUCAAGAUGGAGAUGGUCGCCCGCAUGGAGGAGCUGCCGCGUGGCGAGCGGGUCAACCCACCCUGUGACCGAUGCCGCCGUCUCCACAUGGAUUGCCUGAAGAAUCUGACCGCAUGCCUGGGCUGCACCAAGAAGCACGCCAAGUGCUCCUGGCGGGACGUCAAGGAGGGCGAGCUGAGAGCAGCCUGGGGUUCUUCCGCGUCCCGAGAGCCGCACGAGCGCAUCGAAGAUGAGCGCAUGCCGCCGCUAAAUCUGCCAGGCUUCGUGCCAUCUCCCAGCGCCCCGAUCUCCGCCGAGCGUGAGCGUUACGAGCGCCCAUCACGUCCUUCCGAGACCCCCAGCGACCCGCAAUACUCUCAGCAUCGUCGCGAGUCUGCCCCCGGCUCAGGCGCAUCCAUGGGUCUCCCUCACUCUGAGAACUCCCCCCGUCGCGCCAUGAGCGAGACUGAAGGGGGCGGACGCAUCCAGUACCACAGGCUCCCACCCCGCCAUGCGGAGGACGACGAUCCAGACGCCAACCAGCGGCUCAUGCAGGCCAUCCUCGACACAGUGGACCACCACGCACGCGUGGCGGCCGCCGUGCAGGAAAAGGAGCGGGGCGCGGAGCGGGUGGCAGAAGGUGCGCCCCAUUCUCAUCAUGAUCGAGAUGCCGAUCGAGAUCGAGAUCGAGAGCGUGACCUUGACCGUGGUCGUGACCGGGAUCGGGAUCGGGAUCACGAUCACGAUCGUGAUCGUGAUCGUGAGCGGCGCAUGGUGCAGGCUUAG